AUGUCCUCUGUGACUGAUACCGCAGAAAUCGUAAGAACCGAAGUUGAGAACCCAAAACAAAGUACGUCUGAACGCCAUGGAGACGUUUUAAUUGGUGGGUGUCAAUACAGUAAAACGGAUAAACCAAAGCCAGAAUUAUUAUCAGAAAACUUACCUAGAACAAAACUUUCUGGUGUGAAAUCAAACUUAUACAAUCCAGUUCAAAGUACAUUUCGAAGGCGUGAUAUUGAAAACGUACAAGGAAAACUCAGUGAUGAACUUUCGGGGAGUACAUUACCACCAGGAUUGGUCGCAUUGCCAAAUUAUAAUGAUCACAAGUUUGAUCCACCGCAGAUAGUUUUUCCAGGAUAUGAUAUUUUACCCUUGCCACUAAAUAAAGAAUACCAAAAUAAAACUACUGAUGAAUUGUCGUUUUUGAGACAUAAAGAUAUGUCUGAUUUGUGGAAGAAAUUUAUAGACAGCGUACCUAUGUCCAAAACCAGGAUGACUCAUAUUCCAACAAAUAAAGAUUUUCGUUUUCAUAACUAUGUGGUGAAAUACAUGAAAAAAGACUAA